AUGCACAAAAACGACGCUUACAAUGAAGAUCAUAUUCAAAAUAAGAAGCAAAUUCGACGUCUACAGCGUCGUUGGAUCGUCGUCAUUCUUAUUGUCAUCAUCUUAGCAGUUCUUGUAGUUCUUCUUUCUUUGCUAAUGAAGUUUGUUAUACUGAAGCGAACGAAGUCAGAAACUACGAUAACGACUACAAUAACAACGCCAACUUCACAUUCAACAACAACAACAUCAGAAGAGUCAACGUCCGUAACAACAUCGACCUCGACAUCAGUUUCAAGGACGACGACGACGACGAAAACGACCACUACGACCACCACUACUACUGUUAAACCACCAAAAUGGUCUCGUACUCAAGAUAUGAGCUAUAGACGAGCCAUGCACACCGCGUCCGUUUUAAAAAACGGAAAAGUUUUAGUUGCUGGUGGUGCCGGAGAUCUUGAUACUGGUGCCCUUAUAACUGUUGAGUUGUAUGAUUCGUCUACUGAAACUUGGACAAUGAUCAACGAUAUGAAUGAAGAGCGGCAGCAGCACACUGGAGUAGUAUUGACAGAUGGCAGACUAUUGGUCACUGGUGGAAAGAACAGCAACAAUAAACAUGGUUUAAAUAGUGCUGAAUUAUAUGAUCUAUCAAAAGAACUUUGGACAAUAACUGGCAAUUUGCGUAUUGGACGUAGUGCACAUACAGCAACGCUUUUAUUAAAUGGUAAAGUGUUGGUAACAGGUGGAGAAGGUAUUAAUGGUAGUCUAAGUAGCACAGAGUUAUAUAAUCCAAUCACGGGGCAAUGGUCAAUAACAGAUGAUAUGAGAGAUGCUCGUGCAUGGCAUACAGCAACGAUGUUAACAGAUGGUAGAGUAUUGGUUACUGGGGGACAAAAUAUAAAUGGUUCGCUGAAUACUGUGGAACUAUAUGAUCCAAGAACAGAAACUUGGGCAAGUGCUAAUGAGAGAAUGCACGAACAUCGGUAUUAUCAUACAGCGACAAAAUUGACGAAUGGGAAAAUAUUCGUUUUGGGUGGCGAUAGAAAGGAAGAUGGUGAUGCUUUAAACGGCGCUGAACUGUUUGAUCCCGCAACGGGAAUCUGGACAAUCGCUGAUAGUACGGAUGAUGCACGAGCUCUUCAUACUACAUCUGUAUUACCAAAUGGGAAUGUGUUGACAAUGGGUGGUACAGACGGUGGAUAUGCUUUAGGUCUUGCAGAAUUGUAUGACACAUCAGUAGAUAGUUGGACACCCAGUGGCAGAACGAGAGAGAAUCGAUUUGCUCAUACAGCCGUGACAUUAUCGAAUGGGAAAAUAUUAGUGACUGGUGGCUAUAGUUUCAAUGAACUUCUGAAUAGCGCUGAAUUGUAUAAUCCGACGAUAGAAGUUUGGAUAAAUACUCGAAAAAUGAAUGAGGAACGAUAUCUUCACACAGCAUCUGUGUUGAACAACGGCAAAGUUUUAGUUUGUGGUGGAGGAGGUCUUGACCGUAUUAUCAGAAGUGCGGAACUGUUUGAUCCAUCUACGAAAACUUGGAACAUGGCUGAGAACAUGAACGAAAUGCGAACACUUCAUACGGCAACUGUACUGUCAAAUGGAAACGUCUUAGUUGCAGGUGGAAAGAGUGGUGAUCAAAGUCUGAAUAGUGCUGAACUGUAUGAUCCAUCAACAGAAACUUGGUCAAGCACUAAAACCAUGAAUGAUACUCGGAUGGGACACGCUGCAAUACGAUUAACUAAUGGCAAAGUAUUGACGAUUGGUGGACAAGGUGGUAGUGGUUUUGAUGAUCUCGAUAGUGUUGAGUUAUAUGAUCCAUUGGCAGAACAGUGGUCCAUUGCUAGUUGUAUGCAUUAUGGACGAGGUGGUGGACACACAGCAACAUUACUACCGAAUAAACAGGUGUUAGUUACGGGUGGAGAGAACAAUGGAGACAGUAUAAACAGUGCGGAAUUGUAUGAUAUGCAAACAGGCAAUUGGUCUCUCACUAGUAGCAUGAAUGAGGCACGGGCAGGACACAUUGCAGUUAUGCUAAAGAAUGGGAAAGUACUUGUCAUAGGCGGUAUUGGUAACAACGGUAUUCUGAAUAGUAGUGAACUGUAUGAUCUGUCAACAGGAACUUGGCAUGUUACAGAUAGUAUGAGAAAUGUUCGUAUGUAUCAUACUGCUACUCAACUGAGAGAUGGAAAAGUGUUAGUAACUGGCGGAUACACUGAUGGAGGCCCUUUGCAUGAUUGUGAACUGUAUGAUCCAUUAACCGAGCGUUGGACAACAACAGAUAGUAUGAAUUAUGGGCGAAUGUACCAUACAGCGUCGAUGUUAACGAAUGGACAAGUUAUAAUAUCUGGCGGAUAUACUUCUACUAUUCGAGCAGAAUUAUAUAUCCCCAAAAAUACGUAA